AUGCCAACGCAUAACAGUACUACGUACUUACAGUCUGCCAAAGAAGAGUUACUAAGAUCUUAUUCCGAAAUUGGAAUUUCUACUGAUAAAAAAUUAUUUCUGCGAAAUUGCCUGUUAAAAGAACAACUUCCAACGUUAAGAUUAUUUAUAAAAUGUUUAUUCCUUAAGUCUUUUGAUACUGAAUAUGACGAAAAAGAAUCCACUGAUGAUGUAUUAAACUGGAACAGGUCUCAAAAGGUGAAAAAAAAAACUAAUGAAAAUGAUCGAAAUUCGUUAUUCAAUGAGGAAAAAAAGAAUUUUAUAGAAUCAUAUUUAUCCAUUGAUUCAUGGUCACCAUUUAACGCAAAAGCUGUGAAGAGCAAACCAUACUCCAUGGAUGUUGAUAUUAACGAUAUAUAUUCAAAAUUUUCUUCUUUAACACAGUUUCUACAAGCAAAGGAAGAAAUAUCGAAUGCCAAUAUACCAAAAGAAAUAGGGAAAUUAAACACUCCACUGAACGAAACUGUUGAAAAUAUUGUUACACGUACUGAAGAAGCUAAGAAUGGACACAUACAAUUAGACAUCGCAAAUUACAAAAUAAACAGCCGAAUAUAAAACGUAGAUCGCUCAAAGAUUCCACCGAAACUCAAACAGCCCCACCUUUCCUCGCUAU